AUGUCUAGCACACAAAAUGCACCUUUUCACGACAGUGAGGGACUUGGAGAAAACAACGACAUAAGGCUCAAUGUACCACCUCUAAACCCUGAGGGAGUGCUAAACGUAGAGACAGUUGAUAUCAGCUCCCACAAUGCUCUAAACUUGCAAGCAGGCGUAGACCCCAUCCCGGGCGCACCUCCGAUUCUGAAGGGUGUAGAUUCAAAGAAGUUCGUGCAGAAACCAUUCCCAUCAAGUGUGGCUCCGAAGCCCAUCCCGAAGAAAUUCAGAAUGCCCGAUGUCCCGAAGUAUAACGGGACCCCGGACCCCAAUGAGCACAUUACCGCUUAUACUUGUGCUGUAAAAGGGAAUGACUUAAAGGAUGACGAGAUCGAAUCCGUCUUGCUGAAGAAAUUUGGAAAAACACUGUCGAAUGGAGCCAUGAUAUGGUAUCACAACCUACCCCCGAACUCGAUUGAUUCGUUUGCCAUAUUGGCAGAUUCUUUUGCCUUCACUCAGGGCUUGAACAAACGAAGCUCGAUAGCUUCGAAGAAGCUAAAGCAAAAUUUGAUCGAAUAUCCCACCGUGACCUGGGCGGAUGUGCACAAUAGGUAUCAAUCGAAGAUCAGGGUCGAAGACGACCAAUUGGGAGCCUUCUAUGGCUCAAUAUAUCCAAGCAGGCUCCUAGCAAAGGAACCAAUGUCUACAAAAAGGGAGUCGAGAUUAGGAAAGGAAAGGUAUCAGCCAUACUUCAAAGAUCGAAGAGACACCUCGAGGCAGAAUAUAUCUCAAAAUGAUCGAGGAGUAAAUCGAGGCCAAAAUUCCUGGAGACUUAUGAGCAAAACCAGGUUUGAUAGGCAUUCGAGGCCAAUGGAGGCACCCCGAUUGUUAGAAUACAACUUCAACAUCGAUGCCUCAGGCAUCGUAUCGGCCAUGGGUAGAAUCAAAGAUACCAGAUGGCCAAAGCCCGCACAAUCAGAUCCUUCCCAAAGAAACCCCAACUUGAUGUGCGAAUACCAUGGCAUUCACGGUCAUAGGACUGAGGAUUGUAGGCAACUCCGAGAGGAGGUGGCCGGACUAAUCAACGAAGGGCACCUUCGAGAAUUCCUCAGCAAUCGAGCCAAAAACCAAUUUCAAGAAAGAGAGGCGAACAGAAAGAAUGGACCGGAAGAACCUCAGCACAUCAUUCACAUAAUCGUUGGAGGAACUGACGUCCUAGAGGGACCCAUGUCCAAAUGGGCCAAAGUGUCCAUCGCAACAGAAAGGCAAACUCGGAGCUACAUACUUGAGGACGCCCUUACAUUUAGAGAACAAGACAUCGGGACCUUUUCCCAAUAA